GGCCCUUUUGAUCUCCAGGCCUGCCAUGGUUGAUAAACCAUUCUACACCACAAGUUCUUCAUUCUACAAUUCUCCCACGAAAGUCACAUCCAAUUCCACUUCUUCCAAUACUUGGUACUCCAAUUCACAAAUAUCCUUCCUUUACUUCCUUUACUCAUCUACUCCUUCUGUUAAUUGUUGUGUGAUUUCAACUCUUUUAACCCUUUCUGGGUUUCAAUCAGCUGCUUGAAGUCUGUAUUUACCUGAUAUUAUCAACUGGGGAAUUCUUUAAUCGUUUAUUUUUAGAACUGCCGACAUUGGGUUCUUGCGCUUUGGCUGAAUUCCUUCAUGGGUACAGCUUCAACUGGGUACCCAUUUGGAACUGCUGUUCAUUCAUAUGGAAACUCUGCACUUUUAUCUCGUAAAUUGGAAUUCUCGCGCUCUAAUUUCCCUUUCCCUGCUGAAUUUUCAAGAAUCAAUCCAAACUCCGGCUCUGUUUUCCAUUUUUCUUCCAAGUCAUCAGUUUGUAAGAUCCAUAGUUUACCUGACAUUGAUAAUAUCUUCUGGGAUAAAGUUCCAACGCCGCUACUUGAUGUGAUUGAUAAUCCUAUCCAUUUGAAGAAUUUGUCUCUUAAGGAAUUGAAACAAUUAGCGGAAGAAAUUCGUUCAGAAUUGGCUUCCUUUCUUUCAAACGUACCAGCAUCUUAUAAGGCCAGUUUGGCAGUUGUGGAGCUAACUGUUGCCUUGCACCAUGUUUUCCAUGCUCCAGUGGACAAGAUACUGUGGGAUGCAGGAGAAGAGACCUAUGCACACAAGAUUCUUACCGGAAGACGACCUCUCAUGAGUACAUUGUAUAAAAAGAAUGGUCUUUCUGGGUCCACAUCAAGGUUGGAAAGUGAAUUUGAUCCAUUUGGUGCUGCACAUGGCUGCAAUAGUGUAUCUGCUGGACUUGGCAUGGCAGUAGCAAGGGAUAUAAAAGGUAAACGUGAAAGAAUAGUUACGAUAAUUAACAAUUUGUCAACUAUGACGGGGCAAAUAUACGAAGCAAUGAGUAAUGUGGGGUAUUUGGACUCAAAUAUGAUAGUGAUAUUAAAUGACAGUCGGCAUUCUUUACACCCAAAACUUGAUGAUGGCUCUAAGACAUCUGUUAGUGCUUUGUCUAGCACCCUCAGCAGGCUCCAGUCCAGCAAAUCCUUUCGAAAGUUUCGUGAAGCCGCUAAGGGUGUAACUAAAAGAAUUGGUAAGGGAAUGCAUGAAUUGGCUGCCAAGGUUGACCAAUAUGCUCGCGGCAUGAUGGGUCCCUCAGGAUCAACCCUUUUUGAAGAACUUGGACUCUAUUAUAUAGGCCCUGUUGAUGGCCACAAUAUGGAGGACCUCAUUUGUGUUUUACAAGAAGUUGCAUCACUUGAUUCAAUGGGUCCAGUAUUGGUACAUGUGGUAACUGAAGAAAACUAUUCAGAAGGUUACAAGAGGGUUGCAGGCAGGCAACUGGAUGGUUUAUAUAACAUAGACCCAUUGCUGUACGGAAUUGAUUCUCGAACGUAUGGCGAUUGUUUUGCGGAGGCUUUAGUUGUGGAGGCGGAAAAGGACAAAAGCAUUGUGACAGUGCAUGCUGGGAUGCAGAUGGAGCCAUCAAUUCAACUGUUUAGGGAAAGAUUUCCUGAUAAGUUCUUUGAUGUGGGUAUGGCUGAGCAACACGCAGUUACAUUUGCUGCUGGUUUGUCAUGUGGUGGAUUGAAGCCAUUUUGUGUAAUUCCUUCGGCUUUCUUACAGAGAGCAUACGAUCAGGUGGUGCAUGAUGUCGAUCAACAGAGAAUUCCUGUACGUUUUGUCAUUACCAGUGCUGGAUUGGUAGGAUCUGAUGGUCCUACACAAUGUGGUGCAUUUGAUAUAACAUAUAUGUCGUGCUUGCCAAACAUGAUUGUCAUGGCACCAUCAGAUGAGAAUGAGCUAGUGCACAUGGUUGCCACGGCAGCACGCAUUGAUGAUCAACCAGUAUGCUUUCGAUAUCCAAGAGGCUCCAUUGUCACCACUAACAACCUUGCCCUUGAAGGGGUUCCGAUUGAAAUUGGAAAAGGGAGGGUUCUUGCUGAGGGUAAGGAUAUUGCUUUGCUUGGGUAUGGUGCAAUGGUUCAGAACUGCCUUAAUGCUCGGGCCCUUCUCUCAAAGUUCGGUGUCGAGGUUACAGUUGCUGAUGCAAGGUUCUGCAAGCCACUUGACAUAGCACUUCUCCGACAACUCUGUGAUAACCAUGCAUUUCUAAUCACAGUUGAGGAAGGUUCAGUCGGAGGCUUUGGAUCUCAUGUUGCACAAUUCAUUGCCCUCGAUGGACGGCUGGAUGGAAGAGUCAAGUGGCGGCCAAUAGUUCUACCAGAUAAUUACAUAGAGCAGGCAUCGCCACAACAACAGCUCUCCCUUGCUGGGUUGACUGGAAAUCACAUUGCUGCAACGGCAUUAAGCUUGCUCGGUCGUCCCCGGGAAGCAUUACUUAUGAUGUGUUAGGAUCUUGUAUCUCUCAGUCCCUGCUGAAGGUGAAGUUUUUUAACAGUUGAAUUUCAGCUAACCACAGAAGAUGAGAAAAACAUCAGUACCACACCACCAGCAUUUUUAGGUAUCAAUUUGUUGUACAUUCUGCAUCUUUUUUCUGUGCCAUUUUUAAUGCGUUACUUCCCUGUUUUUUUACACAACCACUUUCACACAGAGAAAUGAAAGAUCUUUGAUUCUCCAUCCUUCUGUUUUUCUCAUCUGAUUACAAUGUAAAUGGUGAUCAAUCAGAAACUUGCAUGUAAAGUCCAAAUUUCUCCAUCUGUUUCUCUGUUUGUGUAAGUAAAUUCAUGGAUGAUGGUGACCAA